CACUUCUCCGAGCUUCUGGACGACCUUUCCCAGGAUGCUUUGCUGGGCCAGCUGCUCAGCGACCCCUUCCUGUCCGGAGGGAGAGGCGGCGUGGAAGCCAUGGAGGGGGAGGACGGGGGCGACCUGUCCCCGUCUUCCCCGCUUCCCCCGCACAUCACGGCCGAGCACAGCUACUCGCUCUGCGGGGACAGCCGGCCGCAGUCGCCCCUGUCGCACCUGACCGGAGAGCAAGGCAGCGAAGCAGCCGACUCCGACGGAGAUUCAGCUGAGUGGCCGAUGGAGCAGGACGACGCCAUCGACAGCCUCCUGUGUGAGACUCCCUCCCUCCUCCCAACCCUCUCCCUCUCUCUGGCCUCAGGGCCACAAGUGCCCGAGGGCCCCGCUGUGGCCCCCGUUGCUGCCGCCAGCCCAGCUCAGCCUGCAGUCAACAACCAGGGCAAAGGCAUCAAGAUAAAGGAGGAGAAUAUCAUCCCCCAGAUUAAACUGGAACCUCAUGAAGUCGACCAGUUUCUCAAUCUUUCUCCCAAAGGUCUGGAGUCCCUGCAGAUGCCUCCCACUCCUCCCAGUUCCCACGGCAGCGACUCAGAGGGCAGCCAGAGCCCCGUCCACGCCCCGCCCGGCCUGUCCUGCCCCACCUCCCCCACCAGCCCUGCUCCAUCGCAGGCCAGCCUGAAGGUGUCUCCUCGAGCUGCGUCCUGCCUCUCCAACUCCCCGCUGCUCACCGCGCCUCACAAGCUGCAGGGCUCGGGCCCGCUGAUGCUGACUGAGGAGGAGCGCCGUACGCUGGUGGCCGAAGGUUACCCGGUUCCCACCAAACUGCCGCUCACCAAAGCCGAGGAGAAGGCGCUGAAGAAGAUCCGCAGGAAGAUCAAAAACAAGAUUUCUGCUCAGGAGAGUCGCAGGAAGAAGAAAGAGUACAUGGACACUCUGGAGAAAAAGGUGGAGACCUGCUCCAACGAAAACAACGAGCUGCGCAGGAAGGUGGAAACUCUGGAGUGCACCAACAACCCACCGCCACCGCCACCACCACACCCCAAACACGUGAUGACCUUUGACCCUCUCCCCCUCUGGAGCAUGGUUCAGUGUCCUGGAGCAAACCUCAUGCAGUCGUUCCCACUGCUGAUUGUUUAAGUCAUCUUAAUGCUUAAUCAGAUACACUGUAGUAAUAAUAAUAAUAAUAAUAAUAAUAAUAAUAAUAAUAAUAAAAAUAAAGGGGCACUGGUUGCCUUAGUUUCUGAAGUAAAGUUGCACUGAAUAGUUUGAGUGAGUCAACUUCCAGUAGUAUCUGUUGUCUUUCACCUGGAUAGAAACACUGUUAGAAACAGAUGAAUAAUGUACGUGGCAUUUUUAUUCCAGUGGAAAAUAUAUUCAGAUAUGACAUGAGAGGCUUUUUACAGGACACUGACGGAGAACCUUUGUAUUUAUAGAAACCUUUUUUUUGGUUGCUCUUUGUAGUUCUUUUAAUAUUAAAUGUUGUUAUUCCAUUCCAGUGAUGCAUACAUCCCAUUUUGAUACUUGUUUGUGUUCAUAUUGUAUGUUGUGUUUUUAUUUUAUUGUACUCUUUUAUAUUCUGUCUGUUCUGUAUACUUUCUGCAUCGGGAGCGAGCUAAAGGUUCCUGCGCUUAUUUCGAAAAUCUGAGAACUCUCAAAAUAUUUUAUUUGUCUGCAAAAUAAUGAAAGAAAUGUGCAGUUUUGAUGUAAAUAAUGCAGACAACUGAUUCCCUAUAGCUGAAGACUAAAUGUAGCGUAUAUAAAGAAACCUACAAACAUCAUAUAUCGGAUGUUUACAGGAAGUUUAAACACUUGGUCAAAAGAUAAAAUGUGUCGCUCUGUUUCAAACAUUAUCAGUCUGUGUUGGUGAGCAUCAGUUUGCUCUUCAAGCAGCAAACUCAACCUCAAAAUAACGAGAAUGCAUCCCAUAAUGUUGUUUUUCCUUUAAGGAAUACUUCGACACUCAUUUGCUGUUUUGCCAAGAUGAGAAGAUCAAUAUGAAGCUACAGGGAGCAACAAACAGCUAGCUCGGCUCUCUCUAAAGAUUUAAAAACCACCUACCAGCAACUGUAAGACUCACUAAUUAACAAAAGAGAUAUAACAUAUUAAUUAGUGAGCUUUAAAGGUGCCGGUGGACAGAUUGUGUUUCCAUAGACGAGUGGCCGGUUGCACCAACAGAGCUUAAACCUUCUUCUCACUAAGAGCCUAAAUCUCUUUCUUUGCCUCGAUCAGAAGGUCGUUUUACUUUUUCCGCCGCCGGAGUCUCAACGAUCAUUAACGGCCUUAUUUCUCUGCAAGCCUCCGACUUUUAGACCUCCUUUUUAUUGGAUGUUACUGUUUUUUUAAUACUUUCCCAGAAACUAAUAAAUGCCUUUGUAGCAAAGACAAAGACUGAGCAGUUAGGAUCAGGCUUAGUAAAGACCAGUUGGUGCAACCCGUCCCAGAGUUCAAAGAUUCGCUUUUACAGAAUUUUACGUUUUUCCCACCUUGAAGUUACUUCAAACUGCAAUAUUAAGUUAUUUUGGAUCAAAUAACAUAAUCAUGAUCCCAUAGACAUCCAGGAGUUGUGCAAAACUCGGCCAAUAAACUAAGAGACUAAGAGGUGUUGAGACAAGGUUUGUCUGAGGGAGGCCCACAGACUCAAGCUUGUGUCAGCCUUUGUGCUAAGCUAUGCUAACCACCUGCUAACAGUAGCUUCAUGUUUAUCUACCGUCUACUUUUGGCAACAACUUGAGUGAAAGUGUUUUUCCCCAAAAAGUCAAACUAUGUGUUUUUUUUUUAUGUGUGAUGGAACCACAGAAUUAACGUUAGCUUCACUAACCGUUGAUCCUUUAAACACGUUCACUGUCACCUCCAAGAGUCUGUAUCUGUAUCAGCAUUUGCCAAAAAACUUCUUUCCAGAAUUGAAAAAAAAAUCUAUUUUUGUAAAUAUAAGUUGUUAAUAAAUAAGCAAGUCUAAAUGUGUGUGGGAUCUGCAGUUCAUAAACCAAUCCACGGUUUGUCCCGACUGUCUGUUGGGUUUAGUUUGGUAAUUAUAGAUUGUGGCUUUAAAAGUCUUAAUUGUCCAUUUCAAGUGUUUUACAGAUGUUUUAAAUGUCUGAGCUUUAUUCAAACGUUGAUCUUUGGUGUGUUACAGUCACUUUCUGUACAUCCAUGUUGUAAAUAGAAACACCUCACUGUAUUUUUAUUCAGCCAAGAAACUUAAGAAAUUGUAUUUUGAAUCAAACAGAAAUAGAUCCAAGUCUUGUUUAGAGGAUAGAAAACAAGACUAGUUUAUUAAGGUCUCAUAUUUUAAGCUUUGUAGAUCAGUGGCUGAAUCAUCAAAGAUGUAUUGUUCAAUCUUUAUGUUGUUAGGAUGCAUUGAUGAUAGUCUGUGCUCCAAGGAAACCAAAACAACAUUAACUAUGGAAGCUCACUUCCGCCAAUGUUUCUGUACAUCUUUUUUUUCACCGCAAUAGCGGAAAUGUGCUUCCAUACAGGAAACACAAGAUAAACAUAUUUUUGAAUUUUUUCAUGGAGAAUUCUCCUGGUUCAGACUGAAACUAGCAGCCAGUGGAGAGCCCUUUUACCAAAUCAGAUUUCAUGUCCCUCCUUGACUGAGGCUUUCUGUCUCUUUGCUUUCAAAUGAAUAAAAGUAUUUUCCUUAGUAAAA